GUGCCAAGCAGGCUAAGAUGAAAGAUACGAAGUGUGACAAAAAAAACUUCAUUAGAAACAAUUGUGAAGCACGUCCAGAAAGACAAACCAUAAUUCAGGACCACAGCAGAAGAAUGGCCAGCGAAUUUGAUCUGUCUCCUCCAGAAGUACCGGAACCAACCUUUUUUGACAAUGUCUUGCGUUAUGGCUUGUUCCUCGGGGCAAUUUUCCAGAUUAUCUGCAUAUUGUCUAUCUUAUUACCUUCUUCUAAAUCAUCGGAGCCAGAAUGGGAAAAAUCUGAAUCAAAGCCUUUGGAUUCAAAUAAAAAACAGAAGCCUCCAACGCCUUCCUCAGGCAAAAAAGCCAAGAAAGAGAGCAAAAAGAAGAGAUAGCUUACCAGAAGAGAGAAAGAAUUAAAACAAGACAUUUCUAUGAUAGUUCUGCUUUUGUAUUAAUUGUUCCUGAAAACGUACAAACUUUUUUGAAAAUAAAUCCAUGCUGUUUAUAUGUAUGAUGGCCUUUCACAAAACUGUACUGCAGCUUCAACCUUAAGUUCACUUGCCUGCAUCCUCUGUAAAUUUUAAAAUUACCAGGUUAGAACCAGCUUUGUAGUAUUAGUUACUGUAUCUAAAGCUACACAUGAAUCUUUCAUUACCAAAAAAAGUUCUUUAAUAUUGCUGUGGACUAUGGUCUCAGGAGAGCAGCACUUCUCCAUAUUUACGCACUACUUAAACACUACAUAAAUACUCCCUAAAAGUAAAUAAGAAUAAAUAUUUAUAAUCUUUCUUCCACAAUGAGCCUGGAACCAGCUAGAAGUUCAUAUUAGUGUGCACCCCAAAACCAUAGAUAAAACUGAGCAUUUUUACAAUGCAGGAAUGAGGGCUUCUUAAAACUCACAGAAAAAUCUAAGUCCAUAAAUUUCACAAUAGUUUUCCAGUUUCCUGGAAAGCUUCAGGACACCUUCUCCCUCUUUCACCACAAAUGCCAGAAUGCAAUGUUGAUAGCUAUUUUGUUUUCUCACAUACUCCUUCUUUGGGAAUUUAGGGCUUGGAUCUCUACUACCAGCCCAGCUGAGAUUAGAAGGCUGAGUGAAAAUGGUCUGUUAGUAAUGAACAGCCAGACUUUAACAUAAAACAACUGGGAACUUAGAUAACAAAUGUUUCUUGAGCAGCCCAGCAAAAUUUGUGACCUGUGUUCCAAGUAAAGGUACUAAACUAAGACCACCAGAACCUUCCACCUUAUCUUGCAUAUUUUGACGUCAUCCAUAAAAUUGUAAAUCAACUGGAGCAACUCUUUCCCUCCUCCAGCACAACUUUUUUUU